AUGGCGUACGAAGGGAAUAACUUCUUGGAUUGGGCCUCGAGCCAUGGGGCGACGAUUUUUGAUUCAAUGGCACGGAAUUUCUCCUCGUCCGAUUCCUUUGGACCAGCAACUAUUACGAAGGGUGAUGUGUCGAGUGCCCAGAUCAAACUUCAUCGGAUUUUAUCAACUACACAACUCGGAGCGCUCUCCGGCAUAGUUUUAUUUCUGUUUGUGAAGCACAAAGUGACGCGGUGGAGAGAAGAACACAGUCAUCUCAAGCUCCCCGCAGGAACCAACAUUCGACAGGCCGCUUAUACGUUCCUAACAUUCAUCGGAUUUCUGAUUCUGUCACCCUUUUUAAUCACCGUACUACUAAUAUUUUAUGUCUAUCGCAUCAUGGUACGGUAUAUUUUAAAAUAUCGAUACGGAAAACAUUUCAAAGGGUUGCUGGAUGGUGCUGAUGUUGUGUGGGCAAUCGAAGAUCAAAACUCCCGUGGUAUGAUCAACAUCCUGGCAAGCGUACAUGAACCAUUUGACGAGUGUACUUCAGGAGAUGGAUCUGUGAGUGUAAACCUGCUUCUAAUAUUGCGUAAACGAAUCUCUGCGCGGCUCAUGCAUAGCUAUCGGCCCCACCCGAAGAUGCUGUGGAAACGAAACGUGGAAUUCGGCUACUACUUCUGGUCCGAUCAGUCAGAGCUAACGAUAGAGGACUACAUUCGCUUCCUGGAUAGCAUUCCACUCGCCGAUGGAGAAAGUUACAUCGAUGAAGGUCAGCUGCGGGCGUUACUGAGCACGAUAAGCAAUCGACAUUUACCGGCAAAUCAUACAUCUUCCUGGGAAGUGCUCGUUGGACGACAGCCUUUGGUAGACCAGACAAAAAAGAUCCUCAAAUAUCCGAUUCUUUUCAGAGUUCAUCAUUCUCUUGGCGACGGUGUGGCUCUGAUGCGCCUACUAUUGGAGGCAAUAGUUGAUAAGGAAAUACCUUCGCGCUGGAAGUAUUUAUCAAAGCUAAAAGUAAUGAAUAUCAAUUACAUCCUCAAAAACCAAAGUACAUCAGGCCAGUGCCAACAGCAACGCAGCUCUACGGUUUUCAAGCGCCUGUUGAAACGAGCGCCCUCUUAUACUGAUCUUGCCGCGAAAUUGAACGCCAUUCUCCGUGUACUCUGGACGAUUUACACAGCACCCGCCUUCUUCCACGAGGUAUCACGGCGUCCAGCGGACACCAACUGCAUGCAUUCUACGGAAAUGGCAAAUAAGAAAGUUGUAAGCUGGAUCAACGAGGGACACCAUGAAACUAGUCAGUGGGUUAAUAUCAUCAAGCAAACUAAACGUCUUCUACCCGGAACGAGAUUUUCCGAUGUCUUCCUGACGGCUCUAUCAGCCAGCCUUGAAACAUAUUUCACCAGACUAAAUGGAAACUCACCAAAAAGUCUCACAGUGGUUCUUCCUGCAAGAAUAGAAAAAGAAUCACCACAGUUGGAGUUGCACAACCGAUUUUCCGUGGCUCUGCAGACCUUGCCCAUCCAUUCAGGUAUACAGCUGGAUGAUCCGAAUCGGCAUUUCACACUUACCAAACGCAUUCUAGCAGUAAAAAGAUUUUCCGAUACCUUACGAUCUUCAUCGGAUUACAUUAUUAAUUAUUGGAUCAUCUCUAAAAUGUCAUCUCUCUUUCCGGACGGUAUUUUAAGAAAGAUUUUAAAAAGCGCACAUAGUACGAUGGCGAUCUCCAACCUCCCGGGGCCACAGCAAAUGGCUCGUAUUCAAGGCCGCGAGUUAAAUAAUCUUUGUUUCUUCAUACCAAACCUCGGUACUACCGCUGUGGGAAUUACUCUUCUCACAUAUGGUGGAAAAAUGCAGCUCGGUAUAUUAGCCGAUCGUGCGGUCAUUCACAACGAGGAAGACGCCCACAGGAUCCUUCAAGGAGUUGUAGAAGAAAUCGUAAGGAUGGGAAAAUUACUCGAAGAGGCUUGAGCAAAAGUUGAAUUUUAUGGCAAAGCAUGUACAACGGGUGAGAGUAUUUUUGUAACUAAAAUAAAGGAAUAGGCAUGAGAAAAGGAUAAUUUUUGAAACCAUAAAUACAACGUACCUAUAAAUCUCUAAGGCUAAGGCUAGGAAUAAAU